UCCAACCCGGAUAGCCUCCGCCACAGACAGCACCCUAUUUUCCAAUGGACAGCGAACAAUGGCGUGCUUGUGGGUAUUGGCAACACAGACAGUUACGGAGGCUCCCAUAUCACAAUCAAGACGAGGCCGGUCGAGACCGUCAUGACUUCCUGGGCCUAUCUCAAAGAAUUCCCGGGACCCCUCUCGAAAGCCAAGACCAAGAAGAAGGAUGUUGAAAAGUGGAUUGAGGAGAGAGCUACCAACUCUUCUGAUGCAAUUUUGUGGAAGGUUUUAGGCGAUUUCGUUGCCUUUGACGGCGAUGUGACUUCCCCUGCUUUUUCUAGGUCGAUUGCCAGCUUGUUAACCCCAAACAUCCAGUACGCACCUGUAUCGGAUGAGGUGAACUUCUCUAUGCCGUCCCAGAUGUCAGCCGUCAGACAGCCAAACACGCCAAUGAAUGCACACCGGCUUUCUGGCAACAACCUUGCUGCUUUCUGGAGCCACUUACAGUCUGCACUGACCGAAAAAGCGUUGAAGUUGGCUCUUGAUGAAGGCGACUGGCCGUUGGCGUUGCUUACCGCCGGCAUGGUUUCUUCUGAACGCUAUGCUUCCGUCGCUGCUGCUUACAUCAGGAUGACCUUUGACAGGUCCUACCCUGACCGCUUACUUGCAUUCAUCCUUCAUGUCACCUCUGGCAACGUUAUGAAUGCGAUCACACAGUUGACAAACAGUCCAGCUGAUCUCCAAUGGGCGAUUGAGUCGUGGAAUGAGUUGGUUGCUGUAGUUUUGGUGAACUCCAGCGCCUCGCCGAUGGAGUUUUUUGUUCAGUUUGGUGCUUUGUUGGUUAAGAACGGCUACGUAGUUGAGGGCCACGUCUGCUUUAUCUUAGCAGGUGUUCCGUUAUCUGAGACCCCUUUGCUUUCCUCUGGGGUGAAAUUCCAAGCUGUGGGCUCGGUUUUGGGCAACUCGGUGUGCUCUGUCUUGAUGAGCGAGGUAUACGAAUACGGCUUGGCCUCCUCGGUUGCCAACCCCCACACUUUACAGCUCCAGGUCAAACAUGCAGGAUACCUUGCCGACGCUGGCUUGUUUCUGGAAGCACAAAAGUAUGUCGACGGCUUGAACGCCAUUUUAAAGUCGUACGGGAAGAACGUAUCUCCUUUGACCUCGUUUGCUCUUCGCGACUUUGAAGCGGUUUCCCAGAGAAUUGUUUCCGGUGGUUCCUACGACCAAGGCUGGUUCAGUGGCAAGUUAAGCAAGCCUAACUUGGAUAAGAUGUGGGGACAGCUAGACAAGUUUAUCGGCGGCGAC